AUGCCGCAGCCCGCCGAGCACCCGGUUUUGGACCACAUCGCCCUGCGCCGGGAAUGGGAUAGACAGCUCGAAGAGGCCAUGAAGCAAAUCAGGGAACGAGCCCUUUCACAUCAGUCAAAUCAACACCACAACAAUCCUCAACACGCCCAGAACAGACAACAGACGGGCGAGAACCAACAAGACGUAGACGCAGACUCGCCCAACUCGCAAUAA